CUGCGGCCGGCGGCAGACCGGGCUCGUCCCCUGGGCAGGCGAGGGAGAGCCCGGGCAGGGCUGCGGGGCUUCGCCCGAGCAGUAGGCGGGGAGCAGGGAGGGGGAAUCACAUGACAGCACGGGCUGGCUCGGCGGCUGCUGUGCUGGGAGCUGCCGCUGCCCGAGCCGCUGCCCGCGCAGACCAUGAGAGGAGGCUGCGGGGAGCCGGGCUGCUGUCGGGGCGCCGCGAUCGCACUGAGCUGGAACUGCUAACGCGCCCGCGGCUGCUGCUGGGGGAGGACCAGCUCCCUCCUCCUCCUCCUCCUCCUCCUCCGCAGCGCCACAGGGACCUGCCGACCCCGGGCAGCAGCGGCAGCCUCUCCAGCAGCAGCACCGCCACCACCCGCAGCAGCACCAUGGACCUUUCCUUCAUGGCUGCACAGAUUCCUGUUAUGGGAGGAGCCUUCAUGGACUCACCCAAUGAGGACUUUGGUACAGAAUACUCCUUGUUUAAUUCAUCGGCCAAUGUCCAUGCAGCUGCUUCAAUGCAGAACCAGCCAGAAGAGACAUCCCGCUCCUCAAACGAUGCCAUAUUGUUAUGGAUUGCGAUCAUAGCAACAAUUGGAAACAUUGUGGUUGUGGGAGUGGUGUAUGCCUUCACAUUCUAAGAAGACCGGAGACUGGAAUACUGCAGGAGUGGACGGCUACAAGUGUGUUUGUUGUGCGUGUUUGUGUAUAUAUACAUGUAUAGCUAUAUAAAUAUAUAUAGAUAGACACAUUUUGUUAAUUAUAAGCUGCGACAGUACUAGAAAUGAAGUGCAAGUUAUUAAACUUGAACUUCAGUAGCAAAGUUUGGAUGCAUUGGCAAAUUUUGUGGUGGUGAAAGCUUUAAUCAAGAACAGCAAAUAUAUGUCACAUAUAAAUUUGAUGUGAAAGGCCAAUGUUGAUAUGCGAAACACAAAAUGAAAGCGGGUUUUAUGUAAAAAAUGCUUAUUUCCUAUUGGUUGGAUUUUCUAGUAGCUCUUCUGUUUUUUGUUUGUUCCUUUUGUUGAGUUUUUAAUCUGCUUUUGGGAUUGGUAUUUCUAUCACAACAGUAUAUGAAAAAUGCUCUGUAUCUUAUUCUCCAUGGAAAUCUAGUUAUCUAGAUGUCCAGAUGCAUUGGAUGGUGGGCAUUGGCUCAAUUGUAAUUAACGGAUUUUCAGGAUUCUUGUGUGUUGAACUAAAAUACACAUGAUCAGUUGGCUAUGUUUAAAGUGUAGAUAUUAUUAAUCUUAAAGCAGUGGGCAUGCAGGUGGACGCAUGGCUGGUUUAACUAGGACUCUCGUUCUAAAGACAGUGAGCAGAGAUGAUAUUUUGAGUGUUAAUACUGAAUCUGCUUGAUAUUUCUAGAACCUGUACUCCAGAGGAUGAAGUGCUGGCAAGUGAGUUUUAAAUGGGAGGGACAGAAGCUCCAAUUUCCAUCAGACUAUUGACAGACAGAAAUGAUAAUGAUUAUAGUUCAUUGGAUUGACCCCUUCUAGAAAAUAAAGACUGUGGAUCUUUUGGGUUCAUUAUGCUGAAAUCCAAAUUUCCCAUAAAAGCCAUGUGGUCAAAUAAGCUUUAUUUAUGAAUGAAAGAAAUUACUUAAAGUGCAGUAAUUCUGCAGUCUAAUUCACUGCCAAUGAUUCAUCUAUGGGGAUAAAUGAAUCACAAGGUUUACCAGAUAGCCCUACAGUGCACAUACAUAACCUCCCACGGGUGAAUUGGGUACAUGAGUUACAUACAGUGGUGGGAUAUACGGAGCAUUGGAGGGCAGUAGCUUAAGGGAAGUUGCUGAUAGACCUUGACAAAUGUUUACAUUUAGGCACUAAUAUGUUUCUAUGGCCGGAUAAUGAGGGGGGAAAUGUAAAAUCAAUUGUGCUAGCAAUUUUAUACAAAUAUUUGUAUUCAGUGUUCUAUUAAUGGGUAAUGUCUUUGUUGUAUUAAUCUUGUAAGCAAUGAUUUUUAAGGGCUGUACCCAUCUAAAAUAAUCUGUAGCCUUCCUUGCCAAAGGAAGGGUGUGUGUAUAUAUAUAGGUGAUGGAUGUGAGCAUAGAGAAAUGGCAGCAGAUAAAUACUUUACACAAAACCUCUGUGUAUUGGACAGUUCUCCCUCUACUCUUGUCCCCUACAGCUGUUACCCUGAUUCCAGAAGGCCCUGUCUGCAGGCAUGGUGGAUAUUUUUGACACUUCUCUGUCACUCCGCUCAAGGCUGGAGUAAGAGCUGGUAAACGUAUGGAGAGGUUUUGCUUUUAUUUUUCUCUCUAAACCAUUUUUCCUGCAGGGUUGGUGGAUAGUCACUCAAUCCAGAGCAAUAUGUCCUAAAUGAGCAUUUCAGCUUUUGCAUUUAUUUAUUGUUAGUCAAAGUAUUGGCCUGUAAAGCUGCCCUAGUUCUUUUGCAGCUGGCUCACUGUCAAUCAACAGCAAAGAUCCUUGAUCCAUGAAAUCACAGGAGAGGAUUCCCAAGGCCCUUUUCUAGGGGCCAUACCGUACUCUAUAUGGCUACCACCUCAGGAGGGAGGUGCAGUACCAUUCCACACCACUGAACCUCUGGAACCUGACUCCUGGUUAGACUAUAUGGAUGAUCAGUCACGGAGUAUCUGUGACAGACACCUGUGAAGCUGGUAUUUUAGAUGAUUGGCAUCCUACCAUGUCUACUCUCUCCUUUAUAGACAGAGGAUUUAGCAGGGGGAACAUCUAUUAAUGCUCAUGUGAAUUACAUACAUAAAUUCCCUACAUUCUGGUAAGAGAAUAAGCCAUUAAGUGCCAAAUCCUGUAGCCCAAGAAAGGCCCUGAAUGCAGUGAAAAUUAGUGUGGCAGGGUGCAGAAGGGUCUCUAAAGUAGACUCAAAGAGGAGGCAUUUGGGGGUAGGAUGAGUUAUGUCAGCCGUGCAUUUGUAGUCCCCUCCCCGCCCCCAUGUACAUGUGUAUGUAGUGGAAGAGCACAGCCCCCCAUGGAGCAGCCUGGUGAAGGAGACUUCAACCUCCCACCCCAUCACCAAUAGCAACUAUCAAAUGAAGUCCUUAGUGCAAGGCCCAUCUAAUCAGGCUGUGGGCAGGGGAAAAGAUCUGGUCCUAAGUGUGUGUGUGGGCCUCCUGGGCUUUCCAUUUUAACACACUAAUAUAUGGUAGAACAGUUUAAUUCCAUGCCCUCAGCUAUUUCAGGUGUGUCACUAGCAUCAUAAUUGCAUCAAUUAGUUAUUAAUAGGAUUUUUUGGUGCCUCAAUAAGGCUCUGCAGUGAUGCUACCUCAUGCAGUAAAACUGUUUUUGCAAGGUUGAUAGUAAAGCAUUUUCACCCUGAUUAAAACCAGUUAGACAAUAUUGUAUUUACCCAAUGGGAAUCUUUUGCUGCUCAGUGAAUUUGCCAGUAGAAUGCUUUGCCUAAACUUUUAAUUUUAAUCUAAAUGCAAUUAGCAAAGUUUAUCUUUAAUCUCCCAAAGUACUGGACCAAAUUGAAAAGGGACAGUCAACCAUGAAAAAAAUACUUGAGAAUGAGUUGUUUUAAAAUGAGAGACACUGUCAUGUUGUCUUAUGCAAAGAGGUGCCCUACUUUCAUAUGAAGUCAACAGGAAUUGCAGAAAAGAUUCGAAUGAACCAGUUCUCCCCCUGUCCUCUUCAUAUAUAUUUUUCAUCAUCAGAGUUGACUUGCCAGGAAGGGCCUGAUGUAACUUAAUGUAACUUGAUUUAAGAGGGCGACAUAUAAAGUAGGGUAUCUAAGGAAAAUAUUUGCUCUUGCCGCAUCUCAGACUUGAAAGAUUGUAAAUGUGUAGUUAGCACUGUGAAUUCAGGAGAUUUCCACAAAAUAAAGGCAGGUGCUAUGGGAACUUUAUGAUUAAAAAAUAGCCUUCUCUAGGGAUAUAUUUGGACUGUUGAAUGAAAAGUCUGGGCAGUGUGUUGUCAAGCAUAUUAGGGAUGGACUUGUACUGAGGCUGAAUCCCAUCAAACUAUGCAGAUAUGCAGCUCCAGAACCAGACGUUAGCUGUCUAGGUAUUUAUAACAAGAUCUCAAUGUGGUAGCUGAGCCUAAGAUCCAGAUACGGAUUGGAACUUCACCGCUUGACCCUCUCUCGGUAUUGGGCUAAACCAGAACAUGGAAUCCAAAUACCUCCACAUAUUGGGGAAUUUCAGAUUUGGAUCCAAUUCUGCAUCUAAACAUUGUAAAAUGGACCCAACUCCCAAUCCUGACUGGUGAAAGAAGCAGUUCUGGGAGAAUAAGUAGGGCCAAAGUAGAUGCUUCUGCAUCAGGAACUCUGUUAGACAGGAUCCACAUUAUAUACCUUUAACUGCAUUUUAGUGCUCUUCUUAAGCAGGUGUAUGCAAUGCCCUGACCUGUUCCAGCUAGCACUUACUGCUGACUGCACCAUAGUUACUAGCCACCUGUGGACUGUGUAACAGACCUCACCCUCUUUGGGAUGUAGUAUGAGCUUCAGCAUGUCAAUCAGGAAUUUCUGCUUGUGCAUCUGUGUGGACUGGGGAGCCAUUCUACGUGGCUAUUUGGCAGGGGAGGAGAAGCCCCUCCGCAAUUCUCCCUUGGCCCCCUUGCACACCAAGGUAGGACUCAGCUCAAGGAUUAGUUCUAAUCAGUAUUAAAAUAGAGGCACAUAACACAAACAAAUGACAAUGAGAUACUCAGUGACAUGCAGAGAGUGUUCAUAGUUGUAUUAGGCCUUUGUAGUGAAGAAGGCAGAACACCUUAUAAAUCUAGCAUACGACCCCUAGCUGUAUAAAUGCCACACCUUGCACAUGCUUGUAGUAACAAUAUGUGUCUUGUUCAAGGUUGUAAAUUUACCUCAGCUUGGGAGGAGCAAGGAAAUGGACUGGGCGAUCUUCCGUAACUUCUACUGGCUCUCAACCUUUCCAGACUACUGUACCCUUUUUAGGAGUCUGAUUUGUCUUGAGUACCCACAAGUUGCACCUCACUUAAAAACUACUUGCUUACAAAAUCAGAGAUAAAAAUACAAAAGUGUCACAGCACACAGUUACUGAAAAAAUGGCUUAUUUUCUUAUUUUUACCUUAUAAUUAUAAAAUAAAUCAACUGAAAUAUAAAUAUUGUAGUUACUUUUCAGUGUAUAAUAUAUAGAGCAGUAUAAACAAGUCAUUGUAUGAAAUUGUAGUUUGUACUGACUUCGCUAGUGCUUUUUUGUACCUGUUGUAAAACUAGGCAAAUAUCUAGAUGAGGUGAUAUACCCUGUAUUAGACCUCUACAUACCCCUGGUUGAGAAUCACUGUUUGAGGGCUCUAUGCUCGUGUAUCUCACUAUUUUAAGAAUGAUUUGACCAUGAGCAGCCACCAUCCCAACUGAGCUGCCCUGUUGGCAUUUUAGCAAAGAGACAAAGGAUUGAACAGGUAUGGAGAUUGCUGGUUCCUCCAGGUCAGGAAGAAGGCAUGUUAGAAGGGAGAGGUGAGGGGGGAAGCUUACAGAGCUGCCCCUGCUGUCCUUGUUCUCUUUGGCCUCCAUCGCUAUUAAUCCAGCACAUGUCCCCAGCACUAACAUUCCUUUACAACAAAAUGAGAGAGGUGGAAAACAUGCCUGUUUCCCUGCAAAUGUGGUUUGAAAUCCAUCAUUUCCCUUUGUUAACAAACUGACAACAAGCAAAAUGUGGGAAAGAGAUGGCUCGUGUGUUGCAAGCAAUUUAGAUCACCAUUUAACAGGGCUCUGUCCUGCAAGCUGCUGCACGCUCUUGUCAGGCGCUGAGCCCCCUCAACUCUCCCCAACUUCAGUGAGAGCUAGAGACACUCAGCAUCUUUCAGGAGUGCUCAGCACCAUUCAAGAAUGAGAUGAGAGAGGAGACAAGCUAGACAAAUAUCUGCUUCAGAUACACCCAUAUCAAGCCAACUGGAAACUUUUCUACUGUGGGUGAGUCCAAUCCAAAUACAGCCACAGUCUUUGUUCAGUGAGCCACUAUAUAUUUUCUCUAUUAUUAACAGCCUCCUGUUUAAUAUCCUGCCAUUAUUCAAUUCUUAAUAUCCUCUUUGCAUUGUCCUGCAGGGAGCUAGUAACUAUUAAUUUAACACAGCUCCGCUUUUUACACCAUGUUCCAGCAAGUAUAAUUUUACUGAGUUUCCUGUGGUUAAUCACAGAAGUAGAUCUGGAAAAUGACAUUUUGUUAAAAAAAUAUAAUUUUUGUUAAUAAAAAGAAUUGGCCAAAAUCAAAACCCCAGGUAGAAACACUUCUGAGCUUUGGGGUUUUGAUAUCUGGAACUGAAUUUCAUCUCACUAAUGGUAGGGAAGAUAAAGGGCAUCCCGUGUUUCCCCUAGUUGUAUAAAGUCCCAUGCAGAAUUCAGAGCUCUGUUAACUAGCAUUCUGUUCCUGUGCUCCCAAUUCAUUUACUCUGAUCUCUGUUCACACAAGAGCUGGACAUCCCAGGGGGACAUCGUGUACAGCUGCUCCUCCCUAUUUCUGUUGUUGAGACUCCUGAGGGAAGCACUUAUAUUUACCCUGUUGCUGGCACUAGCAACUGUAGCCAGGGAUCAAGACUGAGCUAUGUGUACCUUGCUUAAUCACUACAGGAAAAGCAUAGGAGAAUUUAUGCUGGGCAUGGAAGAUGAGGGGUUGUCCCUCCUUAGCCCCAGCCUUGGGCACGUCCUACACAGGUUGGAGCAUCCUGGUGCCUGCUUUAAACCAUGCCAGCUUUCAUGGUCCCCUAGCUGGGCAUUGCUGGAGUACAUUGAGCUCCUCAUGCCCACCUCUCUCAUCCCUCCCUACCUCCGACAUAGCCCCUGCACCAAAGGCUGUGGGGUGAGAUGGAGUAGGAGGCAACCAUGCUGAUUCUGUGUUGACUGAGGACUCCCACACACAUCAGGAAUCCCCAGCAGCUGUGCUCUCUUUGUGCUGCCUGAAAGUCACAAAGCGGGCAGAGUGAGGCCAAGAAUCUACCUUUCCAUAUCAAGAGCGAUAUGCGCCUUCGCAGAAUGAAGUGGGUGACAUUUUUAUGUGGUCCCAGUCUAUUCCAGAGUAUUUAGGCUUGGCCUGUGACAACAGGUAGGUUAUUUUGAGGGUGUCAAUUAUCCUAGUCAAUUUUGUGAUGGGUUGUGUGUGCCUGUCAUGUCUGCAUUGGCUGAAAGAAGCCAAAACAAACCUGACGGGUUUAUACAAUAGACCAGCGAUUUGACAACCACGAUUGACCUCUGUCAGAACUAACCCACAAGCUAUGGUAUUUGAGGCCUAUCUAUUACAUCAGAGCUGCUUGCUGCUGAAUAUUCAGUGGAAGGGGAGAAAACAUUUAUUUCUGAAUGGCUUGGCAUUUAGGCCCCUUUAAGCUGAUGUUUUUUCCUUUUUUGUUAAUUCUUUUUCUCCUGAUCUUGUUAUUGCAGUCACUCAUUUUGGGAACUAUCAUAACACUUAGCCAGGAAGACUCCCCUAAAUUAUAAAAUCUGCUUGUAACAGAAAAGCCUUUGAGCACACUAAGUCUCCGUAGCAUAUUGCAGGGUCCAGCCCCAAAGACAGGUUCACCUUGAAGUUCAUGGACAUGUUCAAGAUGUUGUUGCCAAGGCAACUAGCCCUUUAGCAUGAGCACAACCUUGUUCGCUCAUCAUCUGGAAGGCUUAACAAAGUCAGAAACUCCCGAAAGGCCUUCUUUGUUAGAUCUGUCCUGUACUUCCUAUACAAGGUGGUGUGGCUGGCGUGGUGCGGGGGUGGAAGUCUUCAGGUACAGAAAUGGCAAAAAAGGCCUCCAAUUUUGGCAAAAUGUUUGAGGAAAGAUUUAUUAUGUAAAGCCCUAUGAUGUCUAUAAAGGGAUAUGAACAACAAUAGAAAAUUAUAUAACAGACAGAUCUCAUCCAUAAAUAGUUAAUGAAGAAGCAUUAUUUGCAUAAUGCUAACACCACCAGCUGUUAUAUAGAACUUGACAGUGGUAGCUCUCAAAAUGCUUUAUAAGGGAGGUCAGAAUCAUUUUUCUCAUUUUACAGAGGAAGUAUAACUAAGUCUCUGAGAGCUGAAACAAUUUGCCCAACAUCAUCCAGCAGACCAGGGGAAGAGCCAGGGCUAGAACUGAGGUCUCACAAUUCCCUGUCAAGGGCACAGUCCUUUAGGCCAUACUGUCUCCCUUGACUGUUUUAUUUCAAAUGCACCUUCCUCUAAAGUAUCUGGCUAUAACAAAUCAAACACAACAUGACACAAUUCCUUUAUUUUGUUAUCUUCCCCCAUUGGCAUUUUUUGAAAAUCUCCCUUUGGGGCACAUGAGUUAAUUCAAAUUCCAGUUGAUUGGGAACCAGAAAUAGUCUUCAUCCCUUCUCUCAAUUUUGCAGACCUUCCAAAUACUGCUCGAGAAAGUCCAGGGAAGCAAGAGCAUCUUCCCUUCCAUAGGUAAGUGUUUGUUACCAAGGGCCAUACAAAACAACCCAAUAUUUCCACAAGCCAGACAAUACAUUGGGGGCCUCUGAGUCAUGGCACCACUAUGUUGUGACUCCCUUUGAGACCUCUUUCCACUCAGCUUCCCAAGAAUUUAGUUCAACUCCAAACUUUGUCACUCAGGUAUCUGUAUUUGGCACAGCAACACUAUGCUGAGUUGGUCAGACUCAAACGCCAGGGGUGGAUGCAGGGUCCAUCACUGAUCUAAAGUUACGCAGAAAACCCUUUCCCUUUUUAUACAUUUACACUUCUCACUGCAUUUACUAUACAUUGCAUCGUGCAUAUUUAUAUUAGCUUGGUUACAGUGUAGGAACCAUCCCUGGACAGCAUGCGCUGUUCAUGCCUUGUCCAUGCUCAGCCUACUCUUUACCGCAUCUUCACAUUCCUGACUUAUCUUGUCCAUUGUUAUCUUGUUCAUGGUAAAUGAUUCCUUGGGUGUUCCCCCUGUUAUCUGAGCUAGCUCAGACAUUCUCUUUUAGCCUACUGACCCAUUUAUUUAUCAUCGUUAUCACAAAUAUUUCAUCUUCAGUCCGCUAAUCAAUUUUCCUCUCUAAUCUUGUCUUCCAAGAAAUGAGGUUUCCCCCAUAUUUAAUUACUUAUGUCAAGCCAGGCUUACAUUCCUACUUCUUCCCAUUUAUAGCAUCUAUGCUCAUCAAUAUUUGUGCAGCUUAAACAUGCCUGCUGCCUGAGUCAAUAGAAGCUCAGCCUUUACCAGCAGGCUGGCAUCCACAAGUGCAAGCUCCUACCUAGCCAGCUUUUAGUAACCAGUCUCCUUUGAACCUGGCUCUGUGGAUGAGGGGAAAGCAGUGGACGUGUUAUUCCUUGACUUUAGCAAAGCUUUUGAUACGGUCUCCCACAGUAUUCUUGCCAGCAAGUUAAAGAAGUAUGGGCUCGACUAAUGGACUAUAAGGUGGAUAGAAAGCUGGUUAGAUCGUCGGGCUCAACGGGUAGUGAUCAAUGGCUCCAUGUCUAGUUAGCAACUGGUAUCAAGCAGAGUGCUCCAAGGGUUGGUCCUGGGGCCGGUUUUGUUCAAUAUCUUCAUUAAUGAUUUGGAGGAUGGAGUGGACUGCACCCUCAGCAAGUUUGCAGAUGACACUAAACUGGGAGGAAUGGUAGAUACGCUGCAGGGUAGGGGUAGGAUACAGGGGGACCUAGACAAAUUAGAGGAUUGAGCCAAAAGAAGUCUAAUGAGGUUCAACAAGGACAAGUGCAGAGUCCUGCACUUAGUAUGGAAGAAUCCCAUGCACCGCUACAGACUAGGGACCGAAUGGCUCGGCAGCAGUUCUGCAGAAAAGGACCUAGGGGUUACAGUGGACAAGAAGCUGGAUAUGAGUCAACAGUGUGCCCUUGUUGCCAAGAAGGCUAAUGGCAUUUUGGGAUGUAUAAGUAGGGGCAUUGCCUGCAGAUCGAGGGACGUGAUCGUUCCCCUCUAUUCGACAUUAGUGAGGCCUCAUUUGGAGUACUGUGUCCAGUUUUGGGCCCCACACUACAAGAAGGAUGUGGAAAAAUUGGAAAGAGUCCAGCAGAGGGCAACAAAAAUGAUUAGGGGACUGGAACACAUGACUUAUGAGGAGAGGGUGAGGGAACUGGGAUUGUUUAGUCCGCAGAAGAGAAGAAUGAGGGGGGAUUUGAUAGCUGCUUUCAACUACUUGAAAGGGGGUUCCAAAGAGGAUGGAUCUAGACUGUUCUCAGUGGUAGCAGAUGAUAGAACAAGGAGUAGUGGUCUCAAGUUGCAGUGGAGGAGGUCUAGGUUGGAUAUGAGGAAAGACUAUUUCACUAGGAGGGUGGUGAAGCACUGGAAUGGGUUACCUAGGGAGGUGGUGGAAUCUCCUUCCUUUGAGGUUUUUAAGGUCAGGCUUGACAAAGCCCUGGCUGGGAUGAUUUAGUUGGGGAUUGGUUCUGCUUUGAGCAAGGGGUUGGACUAGAUGACCUCCUGAGGUCCCUUCCAACCCUGAUAUUCUAUGAUUCUAUGAAACCCAGUCCUCAUGUAAUUCUGCAACUGGAACUAGGGUAUUAUGAUUACUAAUAGAAAAUGUGGGUGGGGGGGGGAGAGAAGGAUGCUGAUGGUAUAGCACUAAGGGCAGCAUCCCAGAAAGUGGAAAAAUCUUAUGCAUACCCACAUUGUUGUUGUUGUUAUUUGUUUGUUUCUGGUAGCAUUAACAAUGUGCUAGGCACUGUACAUACACAAAAGAAGACAGCCACUGAUUCAAAGAGCUUCCCAUCAAGCAAUUCAGUUUAAAGGGUUCUGAGGAUAAAAUUCCUGAUGAAGUAAGAGUUUGUCUAAGAAUAAUGCGUGGCUGUGUUGAUGUCAAUGUCUAAACUCCCAUUGGCAUCAGUGGGGCCAGAAUUUUACCCAAUGUGAAAUCAUACUCCUCAGUGUAUCUGUGGUCAGAGCAGGUGUUUGGAGCUCACAUAUCAGGGUAUUUGUGGCCCAUCUUAUCUCCAAUAAGUACCAGAACUCUAGCAGCCAGGACUAAAUGUUUUUGGAUGUUGAAUACUGAUCAAUAUAAUACUGUUGAAUAUUGACCAAUAUCAUAUUGCAUUUAAAUAUUCUAGCAAGCCCUGGAAAUGCAAAUUUUCACAGCUAAUGUAAUGUUGGACUUAUACAGUAAUUUGCUUAUAUUAAAUUGUGUAUUGCAAUUUUUUCUUGACAUGGAGAGAACCCUUUCUGUUAAGGGUUGAGGUAAUAUUCUGUAUCCAAAAAACAAUCCAAUCUGGCUCCAGUGGAGUAGGAGAAUCCAGAGCCCCAGAAAUACGGAGACUUUCUUCCAAAACCUAACACACUGUCAUCUUGACUUUUUUUUCCAGGUGUCUGGCAAAGUAAUAUUUUAAAAAAUAUUAUGGGAAAGCUACUGAAUAGACUGUUCAUGCUUUAUCAUGUUUCAUUGUGCUGUAAUCAGCAUGGGUAGCACAAAUAGAUCAGACAGAUUCUAUGGGAUCCUUUUCCAUAAUAGAGCCAGAGAUGCAGUACUGACCUUACACCAGUAUACGGCAUUAUGAUAAAACCAUCAUCAUGGAUUUAAACUGUACCAGGCACUCAAAUCCAAUGAAACAAUCAUGUCAGUCUCUUUGGGUGACUUUUCAAUACACAAUCUUUUUGUGAUGUAGUGAAAUAAGACAUGUCUUUGUAUGUCAUCAUUUGGUAUGUGGACCUGUCCCUAAAUAUUUUCCUACAGUUCCAUUUUACAGUGUGUUUAAUUUUGCCUCUUCCAAAAAUAAUGAUGGGCCAGUUUUGAUACAGAUAUUGCUAUCUAUUAACUCUUUUCCUCUUGGCUGUUCUUCAGGUUGACAUGGGGGCAGGAUUGAGACCAGCAAAGGCUAACGUAUCAUUCAGUUAAAGAAAAAUAACCUGAAUUGAAAUACUUCUGGAGUCCUGUUAUUAUAAUUUAUUUUUUGUAUUCGUGUUGUGCCUCAGAGUCCUAGUCAUAAAACAGGCCCUCGUUGUGCUGGAAGUUCUGCAAACACAGAACAAAAAGAUGAUCCCUGACCUUAGGGAGCUCCUAAGCCACAGAUAUUUAAAACCCUGGGAUCUCUUUUGCCCUCAGGUGUUCAUUGAAGCAGAUGUGUGAACAUUCCUAAAGGCCAUCCACCUGCUUCAACAAGUGGGGGAACAUCAUGGGCCCAGAAGCGAAGUGGGACAGCCCCAGCAGCAAGGGAGGGAGACACUCACAGAGGGAUAGCUGGUAGCUCCUCCAGCACCUCGGAGUCUCUGGUGCCCUUUGGGGGAGUAGGGCACUGACUGGGCCAUUCAGAGAUUUAACCUGGAGCCUGGUCUUUCAAUUCCAUUCCAGCAAAUGAUAUGUGAUCAUUCCUAAAUCAACUUCUGACCAAACACCAUGGAUGUGGGAACUUGCUUGGAACUUUUCUGACAGAACUGAAAAAAAGUUUAAUAGCAAGGCAGUGAAAGAACCCUUCAAGGCACCUUCAAACACAAACUGAUCCUGCUGCCACUGGAAUCAGUGGAAGCACACAGCUAAACUAUGUGCGUAAUUUUACUCACACAAGUAGUCUCUUUGAUGUCAAUGGGAUUAUUCAUAUGAGUAAAAUUAAACUGUUUGCAGGAUCAAAGCCUAAAAUUCAUACCGGGUUAUUAGGUUCCUCCCUUCACAAGAAUGCCUACAGCCCCAAUGCUGCAAGCUGGUCCAUGGAGACAGAACCUUUCCCUCUUGUGAGCCCCCAUUGGCUUGACUAAAGUUCCUUGCUGAUAAAAUGGGUCUGCCUGUACAGAAUAGCUUGCAGGACUGGGGCCUUAAAUCUCUUUUAUAUCUCUAAAAUCUUUGUUAUUUAAAAAGAAAUCAGAUCAAUGUAUUUUUUAAACGAAUGGGUAAUAGAAAAUCUGAGAAUUUUGAUAGAUGGGGCAGAGGGGUGUAUAAUAUAGCAAAUUUGUAACUUGCCUUCUCCUUCCAUUUCGCUGCUUGCUUGUGGAGUGUCUGAACUUAAUCAAGUGAACACUUGCUUCCAUUCUGAAGUUGACAAGCCCUUAACUGGGUGCAAAAUCUCAAUAGAGUUUGUAGGUGAUGUAAAUUGGUCAAAGAGAUAGCUUUGUUACCUAGCUUGCAGUGUAUUUAUUUUUUUCAAUUUUGGUUAGCUUUUCAUUUCAAUUACCACUUGCAGAAUUUUUGCAAAAAUUCAAACUAAUUCCACUGAUGUUGUCCAAGCUUCACCCAAACUCUCAUUGUUUUAGGAAUCUAAACCUUCCUUUUAAUCCUAUUUAAGGCACAGGCUUUCUCAAGAGUCCUUUAGUAUUGGUACCAUUUUUAUUAAGUAUCUUUCACAAUAUAAUGCUCAUGUUCUUUCUCUCUGCUACUUCUUUCUCUGCUUAGUUUGCUUUGAAGGGGCUUCACUGUACUGUUUUAUAUUGUAUGGGUUGGUUUACAGAAACUUUAUUCUUGUAAUGAAUUGUUCUUGAAAUGUGGAUUUAUCUGUACAGAUACAAAAUUUGAAAACUGUUCUGUGUCUAAUUGGAUUUUUCAUAAUUUAUUGUAAUCCUUACUGGUAUAGUAAACAGAAAAAUGUUCUUUUAAACUUCUGCUACAUUCACUUCCUAUUUAUUUAACUGGCUUCACUAUGUAUUUACUUAUUACUACUUGUUUACUCUUUUUACUAUAAUGAGAAUAACAAAAUUUGUUAAUGUAAGAUUAAAUUUGUGCUUUUUCUUGAUAAAGUUCUUGAAAUUGA